GUGACGCGCGGAGUGGCGCGCGAGGGAGUCGGGGGUGGGGCGGGACUGGGUUUAGAAGGAGACCUGGAGGCCGGGGCCGCCUCCUGACGCCCAUCUUUCUCCUCUCUCGAAUCUGAGGGGUGGAGGCGACCUCGGCCUCCAGCGGCUCCGACGGGCAGAAGCGGCGGCUGGAAUGGCGUUGCUGGGCCUUCUGCAGGCGGGCGGGUCGGUGCUGGGGCAGGCAAUGGAGCAGGUGACAGGCGGCAGCCUUCUGUCCAUGCUGCUGAUCGCCUGCACUUUUACCCUCAGUCUGUUCUACCUGCUCCGCCUGGCCGUCGGCCACCAGGUGCAGCUGCCGGCCGGGGCGAAAAGUCCACCAUAUAUUUUCUCUCCAAUUCCAUUCCUUGGACAUGCUGUAGCAUUUGGGAAAAGUCCAAUUGAAUUCCUAGAAAAUGCAUAUGAGAAGUAUGGACCUGUAUUUAGUUUUACCAUGGUGGGCAAGACGUUUACUUACCUUCUGGGGAGUGAUGCUGCUGCACUGCUUUUUAAUAGUAAAAAUGAAGAUCUGAAUGCUGAGGAUGUCUACGGUCGCCUGACAACACCUGUGUUUGGAAAGGGAGUUGCAUAUGAUGUACCCAAUCCAGUUUUCUUGGAGCAGAAGAAAAUAUUAAAAACUGGCCUCAACAUAACCCAUUUUAGACAGCAUGUUUCUAUAAUUGAAAAAGAAACAAAGGAAUAUUUUGAAAGUUGGGGAGAAAGUGGAGAAAGAAAUUUGUUUGAAGCUCUUUCUGAGCUGAUAAUUUUAACAGCUAGCCAUUGUUUACAUGGAAAGGAAAUCAGAAGUCAACUCAAUGAGAAGGUGGCACAGCUGUAUGCAGAUUUGGAUGGAGGUUUUAGCCACGCAGCCUGGCUGUUGCCCGGUUGGCUGCCUUUGCCAAGCUUCAGACGUAGGGACAGAGCUCAUCGAGAGAUCAAGAAUAUUUUCUAUAAGGCAAUCCAGAAACGCAGACAGUCACAGGAAAAACUUGAUGACAUUCUCCAAACUUUACUAGAUUCAACAUAUAAGGAUGGACGUCCUUUGACAGAUGAUGAAGUAGCUGGGAUGCUUAUUGGACUGCUCUUGGCAGGACAGCAUACAUCCUCAACUACUAGUGCAUGGAUGGGCUUCUUUUUGGCCAGAGACAAAACACUUCAAGAAAAUUGUUAUUUAGAACAGAAAACAGUCUGUGGAGAGGAUCUGCCUCCUUUAACUUAUGACCAGCUCAAGGAUCUAAAUUUACUAGAUCGCUGUAUUAAGGAAACAUUAAGACUUAGACCUCCCAUAAUGACCAUGAUGAGAAUGGCCAAAACUCCGCAGACUGUAGCUGGGUACACCAUUCCUCCAGGUCAUCAGGUGUGUGUGUCUCCCACUGUCAACCAAAGACUUAAAGACUCAUGGGUAGAACGUCUGGACUUUAAUCCUGGUCGGUAUUUACAGGACAACCCAGCAUCAGGGGAGAAGUUUGCCUAUGUGCCAUUUGGAGCUGGGCGUCAUCGUUGCAUUGGGGAAAAUUUUGCCUAUGUUCAGAUCAAGACGAUUUGGUCCACUAUGCUUCGUUUGUAUGAGUAUGAUCUCAUCGAUGGAUAUUUUCCCAGUGUGAAUUACACAACCAUGAUUCACACCCCUGAAUGCCCAAUUAUUCGAUAUAAACGAAGGUCAAAAUGAAGAAGGUGGAAUGAACUAAUGUGUGAAACCUGUCAGCUGCAAAAGCUUUUGAAGAUAAUGGUUUACAAGACAA